AUGAGCCUGCAAGCUACGGCGCAGGGCAGGCUCGACAGUUGCAAAGCGGGACGUGUUGAGCGAUUUGUCGGGGGGCUUUUGUCGAAGCUGGAAGUUCGGUGUAACUAUUGCGAACGAGGUGCUCUAUAUGAUCGACCUUCACGGGGGGCAGAUGCCUGGCGACGGCAAUUCAACGACUAUCUUGUGGAGGUAGACUUGUCUGGUCCGGUGGAACUGAGCGACGGAGCGAUCUACAAUCUAAGCUUAAUUCCCUCCGGUGUCCCCAGUCUCAAAGACCAGGCGCUCUGGCCUAAUCGCCGCAAUACCACUCUCUACAGCUACGGCGGUCGCGGUGCGAGCAACAUAUCAGCCGACGAAGGGGCGUGGACUUAUACACUUGGGAAUGCAGAGUGGGAGCUACAAUCAGGUACCGUCAAGCCUGUUGGUGGCUACCAAAGUAGCAACUCGACACCUUCAAUCACCGAUGACACGAAGGAGCAUACAACGGUUAUGCUCCAGUUCAACACGACGACCGGAGAGUUUUCCCAGUUGGAUGCACCGUUCACACCGGUACAAGAGGGCGCUCUUGUUUACAUCCCGAACCGUCGUCUGGGGACUCUGAUUUACUUUGGUGGUGAGGUACCAUCUGAGCAAAGCGGUAUCGACGCAACACUUACUCCCGACAAUUUUGCGCAGCCGUCGUCAGUGAUCCAGACACUGGCCAUACCGGAUCUUGUUGUUGGUGGAGGAGACUUUGAAUCCGAGGAUAUCGUAACUGAUAUGUAUCUGAGCAUUCCCUCCUUCAAAUGGUACACUGCAGAGGGCCUCACAGAAGGCCGGAUGAGUCCCACCUGCGAAGCGUAUGGGAGACAGAUAUUCGGCAUUGGCGGGCGACUUGCUUAG